AAUUAGACACACCAUCGACUUCCAUGACACCUAUUUACAAAUGACAACAACAGUGGCACAUUGUUGUGAUAUGAUUUGAGGCCGCUAUCAGACAAAUAGAAUUAUUAAGCAUGUGCAGGUAGUUUUGACUAUUCGAACAUAUAUUUAAUAUCAUAUCGAUAACAUGCAUUUUACCGGGAGCUGAUUUCUACAAAAAAUUGCCUAUGUCAAGUUUGGACACGAGAGAGUUGCACGUUUACUAUGCCGAAAAAGCCAACAAGAUAUUAUUCUGAUGACUAUGAGUCAGAUCCUGAUCUUCACACUGUAACAACACUGAUUUCAAGAAACACUGCCCCAGUAAAGGCCAAGAAGAAGGAAGGUAGCAACAAAAAGAAGAAAGAAAAGGCAAAGAAAAACACUAAAGCUACUCCCCGCAACAGAGCCCAAAGUGCCCCGCCCUCCAGAAGUGGUCGAACAGGCCAUGAUCUGUGGAUGACAGCUGUGAAGAACAGAGAAACAGCUUCAUUAACACAUCGACAUCCAGAGAGUCCCAGGCACAAAUCUACCACAGAGUACUGGGUGGACACCUUGAGAAGGACAGGCACAGGAAUCACCACACAGAGCACAGGAAGUGUAGGCACUACCAACACCUUCACCAGGCUGAGGAGACCCAAUGAGGCAGCCAUGGCUUACCUGAGCACAUCUUCCUACAUGAGACAAAUGAUGGGAACAGAAAAAAACAAAAAAUACAGCGACCCUACAGCAAAACCUCCAUCUGGUACACCAGCAUAUAGGUCCCAGGAGGAAUAUUAUGAGCAGGUGCUCGAACUCAAAAAGCAAAUCAAAUCUUUAAAUCAAGAGAUUUCGGUCCUCCGGGCAAAAGCUCGCCGAACAGAAGAGGACAACAUUAAGAAAGAAAAAGAGAUAGAAGGUUUGCUCGAUCCAACCAAGAAUGAGGAAAUGCGACGGACGAUGGGCGAGAAGCGUGCCGAAUCAGGGGCCGUAAUCCAAAGUCUCAAACAGAAGAUUCUCAAAUUGGAAAACCAGAUUAGAGACAAAGAAGCAAAUUAUGCAAAAUUACAUGCUGAUUUAAAAACCACAAAAGUAGAAGAGAUGAAAGUCCAACUAGAAAUGUGUUACCAAGAGAUUGUCAGAUUACAGAAUAUGAAAGAUACAGGGAUGACAAACCAUGCGAGGACUCCAACCAAAGAAAACAGUGCCAAGAUAAGAGCGCUGAAUGAAACCAUCCUAAGAAUCAAUAAACAGAACGAGGAAUUACAGCUGGAGAUUAAAGACUUAAGAGAGGACCUCAACAGAGAGAUGGAGGGCAAAAAGUUUUCUGGGGACUAUGAAGACAUGAAUAAGAAACAACUCUUGUGUGUUGUUAAUAACUUAGAAAAGAGAUUAGAGAAAAUGAAGAAAUCAGGGGGAGACCACGAUUCCCUACAGUCAUAUGACAGUAAGGUGGACAAAAAACGCAGACCUAGUUCAGCUACUGCUGGUAAGAUAGAACUGUCAGGAUCCCUGGAAGACAGGCUUGAUCAGUUAGACAAACGGGAAACUGAGCUGUUAGGAGAAUUAGAGAAGUCCAAAAAACAGGUCAAGAGGUUGAAAGACGAGAAAACAGAAAACAGACAGAGGAUGGAGGAAUACGAAAAACUGAUCAAUGACCUGCAGGCAGAGAUUGACUACCUGAAUGACAGACAAGGGAAGGGGACGCCCCGCCGAGGGUUACCCACCAGAGCUUGUGCCCCCAGGCAACAGUCCCCAAGAAACAGCCGACCGCCAAGUGGACGCAAAUACUCUGUGGACAGUACGUCAUCAGAAGAUAGGCGGCGGCGUAGACAGGAACAGGAGCAGGAGGAGAGAAUAGAAAACUUUACAAGACAGCGAGCAGCCAAAAAACUACAGAAGGAAUGGAAGAGUCAUCGACAGGGGGCAAAGGAAAGAGAGGAGUUAAAUGAAUUAGCCAAUAAGCACCGCGAAACGGUGGCUGCUCGUAGAAUUCAGCGAGAGUGGCGAGCUUACCACAAAGAGGUCGAAAGACGACAUCAAGAGGAGUUAGAAAGUAAGGUCAAUCAGGUGAAAACAAAUCACGCAGCCCGAGUGAUUCAGACUAAGUGGAAAAAACACAGAGGUGAUGCAGACAAAAAGAAAGAGGAGGAGCGGCUGUUCAAUGAGAAAGUUGAAGAUUUCCGUCGGAAUCGUGCAGCCAAGACUAUCCAAAAUAGAUGGACUGGCUACAAAUAUCAAAAACACGAAGAGGAAGUAGAUGAGGCUGCUGAGUUAAUUGGGUCGGCUCUGAGGGGACACAGUACACGAAAGAAUCGAAUGAAGCGAUACAUGACGGACUACGACGACUAUGAUGAUGACGAUGACAGUGAGGGGUACAGUAAUGCAGUAGACCUGAUACAGUCCAGCGUCAAAGGGCACUACAACAGGAGAACCAAACUGAAGACAUACAGAGACGACGAUGAAAGCCCGGUGAGAAAUACACUUCCCAAUGGAAGAAGGGCAUCUAGACCAUCCUCAGCUGUGUCAAGAACAAGUUUCGGCUCCAAGAAAAACUCUGGAUUUGGCGAAAGGCCGAGUAGCAGAGGCAGCCAUCGAGCACAUGAAUCUUAUGACGACGAUGACGACAUCCAGUUCUAAUGAUCAAGGGAUGCGAGAUAUUCUACAUAUACGUAAACAAGCAGUGAAUGGAUUUUUGAUGAUAGACAUUUUCAUAGUGUCUCAUCAUACAGAAUAUUUAAUUUGUUAUUUCAGACCAUUAUCCGCUCAAAUUUGUUUUUUUUUAACGUUGUUAAGUCCCAAAAAGCUGUGAUACAAUAUCAUAAUUCCAUAUCCUGUACUCUCAAACUAGUUGCAAUAUAGAUCAAUAAUGUUUAAAUUAUUGACUGAAUUUAUACUGGAUUUUUGUGAAAUAUAUAUUUACAUGUACUUUUCUUAUAAUUUAUUUUGUAAUAAACUAUAAAAAUGCAUUUACUUGUACAUAGACCUAUUUGUACAUAAGAUGGUUGUACAUUUUUAAGCAGAAAUAAUCAAAGAGCUUUUUUUCAUGCUUAGAUUGUUUUUUUGCAAUUUUGUUUUGUCAGUUGAACAAAGAUUUUAUAGUGCUAUGUGUAAAGUAAAGGAUAACAUUUGUAUAUAGGCAGAUAUUUCUUUAAUGGAAUUUUUUAUAGAUUGUACAUAGUUUACAAUGCUUUCGUCAGGGUAAAAGGAAAAUGCUUUUUACUAACUGUAAUGAAAUGGUGAACUUCUUAAUAGUCAGUAGUAUAGCUAACAAAGAAAACAAAUUUGCUUGAUAAUAAAUAUGUGCUUGUUUGUUAAGUGUUAUAAAUAAUUUUAGCUUAUGAAUUUGAUUCGAAAUACUUGAGAAAUCUGCCAAAUGAUUGCAACUUCAUUUUAUUACUGGUCCAUUUUUUCCAAAAUAGAAUCUUGAUUUGAAAUAAAAUGUUGAAGUACAUGUUAUAUGAUAUUCAACCAUCAGGAUGAUUUUAAAUUUACGGAAAGAUCUGAUGUGUAAUGAAUUGUAAACAAGUUAAUUUGCAUGUGCAUGUACAUCUAAUACAUUAAACAUGUACCCAUAUAUAUUUUAUUUGACAUUUCAGGACAUUAUUUUCACAUACAUUGUAUAUAGAAGUCUAAUGAUAUUUACUAUGUUAUAUUCUUACAUAUGUAGUCAGAAAACACAGACAUUUUUUGACAUAGUGCCAUUAGAUUGAAAAAAAAAUUCUAGAUCAGUUGCAGUGAGUAUGGCUGAAGCUACCUGUCUAACAAUUAAUACGCAUCAUUUCAUAAAACUUUUUUGUUGAUGCUUCCAAUGCAUUUCAUAUUGUAUUGCAUAGAGAUUUUUCCGAGAUAUCACUCUGUGACAUGUUUUGGAGAGAUCUGUCUAAUGAUAUCAGAGAUUUCACCGUGACAUUUUUGGAGAGAUCUGUCUAAUGAUAUCAGAGAUUUCACCGUGACAUUUUUGGAGAGAUCUGUCUAAUGAUCUGUCUAAUGAUAUCAGAGAUUUCACCGUGACAUUUUUGGAGAGAUCUGUCAAAUGAUAUCAAGAGAUUUCACCGUGACAUUUUUGGAGAGAUCUGUCUUAUGAUAUCAGAGAUUUCACCGUGACAUUUUUGGAGAGAUCUGUCUAAUGAUAUCAAGAGAUUUCACCGUGACAUUUUUGGAGAGAUCUGUCUUAUGAUAUCAAAGAUUUCACUGUGACAUGUUUGGAGAGAUCUGUCUAGUAAUAUCAGGUUGUUUUACGUGAUGAAAUAUUUUGAUGUUCAUACCUAUUAAUAAAUUAUCAUGUUUAUGUACGUUCUUUGUAUCUUUUUGUAACCUCUUUUUAACUGUUAGGAAAUUAAAAAAAACAGAUUCAGAUAA